AUGGAGGAGGUGUUCGAUCUGCACCAGGAGCUGGUGACCGGCGGAGGGGAUGACCAGGAGGGUUUUUCGGGGAGGAUACCCGGGUACGGUGGGGCCUGCUACUCGGAGUCGUCGGUGGUGGUGGCCGGAGGAGGUUGGGGGGAGGCGCCGGCGCCGCCGACGGUGGUGAUAGGAGGAGAAAUGGCGGCGGGGGAGGAAACGAUCUGCAGCGGCAGCACCAUUAAGAGCAAGAUCGCCUCCCACCCUCUCUACCCUCGUCUCCUCGACGCCUACAUAGACUGCCAGAAGGUAGCGGUAGUUCAAUUCCAUAUCAACUCUCUCUCUCUCUCUCUCUAAAAUUAUUAUCCUUCCUCUGCUGUUCCGCUCAAAUGGUUUUGCUACAGGAAGACGGGAGGAGAAGCCUUCUCUUUCUCUCGGUAGUGAUCAAUUCUCUCCUCUGCGCGCUUUCUCUCUGAAAAUAUAAUACUUGCUUCUUCUUCUUCUUCUCCGUAUCAAAUUGUUUCGUUUCAUCCGUGUUCAAGGUAAACCCGGUAAAGAAUCAAAACACGUAAACACGUAAGAUGAAAGUAGAAACCUUCUUUAUCUUCUCUCUUCCUUCUCCCAGUGGAAUCACGAUGAUCUCCUAAAAGAUCGAAGAACGAGAAGAAUCACGGAACAGCAGCAUUCUCAUCUUUCCUCUCUCUCUCUCUCUCCUUCCCUCUCUCAGGUGGGAGCGCCGCCGGAGAUGGUUUCGCUGCUGGACGAGAUCCGUCGAGGGAGCAACCUCAAGCGGCCGCACGCCAUCUCCAGCAUGUUAGGAGCCGAUCCCGAGCUCGAUCAGUUCAUGGUGACGAUCUCUCCGCUCCGACAUGCUCGUGAAUGUUUCCGGACUUCGUCUGAUCACGUCGAUCCGCCGGUUCUUCCGCAUCUCGCAGGUCACCUACUGCGAGGUCCUGGCCAAGUACAGAUCCGACCUCGCCCGGCCGUUCGACGAGGCGACGACUUUCCUCAACAGCGUCGAGAAGCAGCUCAGCAACCUCUGCAAGGACAGCGCCCUCACCUCUGGUUGGUUCUUCCUCCCGGCUUUCACGAGAAGAAUAGUAGAGAUCUUCGGCCUUUGUACUCAUCGUCUUUGGGUUGGUAAUAUCCUAUUAUCUUAUAUUUAUUCUUCUGCAGGGUAGUUAGGUCCUCGCCGUUUUAGUAGCGGUGGUGCUAGAUCAGAACUGUCACACUGGAAAAGAGAGCUUCUUGCGGCGAUCGAAUGUUUCUUGUCUGCUGCUUGGACGGGUUCUAGGGUUUCCUUUUUCUUAUCCUCUCUCUUCCUUUUCACCUCGGUCUAGAGAGAGAGAGACUGGGAGAGAGAUAGGGGGGUGGGCCUUGGGUAGUCGUAGCCAAAGUAAAUGUGAUAGGAGGUUCACACAAGCCCGAAGCAUGUGGGAUCGUCAACAUGAUGCAGGCGGACUAGAGAAGAGUCCUAGUUUGCUGCUGGGUUUAUCAUUUCUUCUGUCAGAGAUGGUGAAUAGACUGGCGAACGUAGCGCUGUGUGGAUAUAAGCAUCUCCUCAUCUCUCUUUAGGUCCUGGACUUACAUAAAUAGGUAGGUAGAUAGAUAGAUGGAUAGAUAGAUAGAGAGAGAGAGAGAGAGAGAGAGAGAGAGAGAGAGAUAAUCACCUGUGUUUCUUUCUACGUGCACCAGAGAGCAACGAGUGAACCCGAAAGGUUACUCAGCCUACUCUAGCCUACCCUGAUUCGACUACCCACCAGCUCUAUAGAUCAAAAAUAGAGCUGAUGGAAAAUAUGCAGUUGAUUUAUCCUCCGACUAUGAUCUCAUUUCUCAGCCGCAAAUGAUCUGCACGUUAACAGCCGCUUUCAUCUCCCUGUCAUCAGCGGAGGCCGCGAGAUCAUCGGAGGAGGAAUCAAGCGGCGGGGAGGUCGGCACUCGCGGUUCGGCUGCGAGGAGGGAGGAAAGGGAGCUCAGGGACGAGCUCCUUCGCAGGUACAGCGGCUACCUGAGUAGCCUCAAGCAGGAUUUCUCUAAGAAGAAGAAGAAGGGAAACCUGCCCAAGGAAGCCCGGCAAACCCUCCUCGACUGGUGGAAUCUCCAUUACAAAUGGCCAUAUCCGACGGUGGGUUUACCUCUCGCCAUUGCCUCCAAUCAUUAAACCAUUCGAGGACGAACGUUAGUUGACUAAUUUUAUCCGUCGGCUUGAGUCAAUACGCGAUUAUUCUCACAUAGAAAUGGUCUCAGAUCGGCUCUGGAGCUCUGAGAUCAUGCUGGUAGAUCCUCAUCGCAUCAGUUGGGAGACUAAACUGCUGUGAGGAAGCUGUUCUAUCUGAAAAUCGUCAUUCCGUUUUCGAUUUAACCGCUGACUUUGUUACAUCGGAUUUUAUCCCUACUAUUCAUGUAGCAGAUCUUCAGAUCUCGUCUGGAAUCGAGAGGGGAAACCAGUUUAGAUAAUCACAUUAACAGGGAGAGGUAGAACAUUGUGAUUCAGAUGGAUGGGAAUACUCCACCCACUUCUAAAUGACCUCCCAUCAAUCUGGAGAAAAGAAAAAUUACGGUUUAAAUGAAUGGGAAUUCUCCGGUCGUUGUAUAUUGAUCUUGAUUCUUUUGAAGGUGAUGGGCCGACCGGUCGUCAACGAUGGGAUUGACCCAUCAGAUUUAGCGGCGCGAUCUGACUAUAUAAAUGCUGCCCACGAGAAUUAUGAUCGAGUUCUGAAGAAAAGAUUUCGUCUUUGAUCCGUGUCUCAGGACGCCGACAAGCUGGCGCUGGUGGAGUCGACGGGGUUGAACCAGAAGCAGAUCAACAACUGGUUCAUCAACCAGAGGAAGCGCCGCUGGAAGCCGUCGGAGAGCAUGCAGUUCGCCGUCCUCGACUCCCUCUCUUCUCCCUUCUAUCUCGAUGGCUGA